AAGGACGCCCGACCCGACCCGGGCCCCUCCUCAUCCGAUUAAUUGGUUCGUCUCCUUCCUCGCGUUCUCGCCACUGCCGCCGGUUGCCACGGAUCAGGCCAGACAGAGGCGAGACCUCCCCUAUUUAUACAAACACACACAUACUCUCUCUGCCAUUGCAGGCUUGCAGCAUCCACCGGCACCGCGUAUAUAGCCCAGAACAGCCUCCAAAGCCAUUCUCCAUUUCGCCUGCGGUGCGCCUUCCCACGCGAGCGCACACAGCCUUGGCUCUGUGCGUCUGAUAGGAGUUGCUUGCUCCCUCCUCCGAUCCUCUAUCUGCGGUCGGCCCUGCGCGUACCUGUGUUCUCUGCCGUCCCCCGCCGUUCCUCUGUCCGGGGAGCGCGGCGGUAUCCGGUGGUGGUGCGUGGAUGGCAACAGCUGGGAGGCCGUCAAGAACUGCGCUGUCGCCGCCGCCAGCUCCGUCCUGCAACCUCGCCGCCGCCUGCUGCUUCGUCCUGCUCGUCGUCCCCAUCCUCCUCGCGGACCAGCAAGUGGCCGUCGUGGCCGAGUCGCUGUCGAUCGGCGUCAACUACGGGCAGAUCGCAAACAACCUCCCCUCGCCGGCGCGGGUGUCGUGGCUGCUCCGGUCGAUGCGGAUCAGCAAGGUGAAGCUGUACGACGCCGACCCCAACGUGCUGCGCGCGUUCCUGGGCACGGGCGUCGAGUUCGUGGUGGGCAUCGGCAACGAGUACGUCCCGGCCAUGGUGAGCCCCGCGGCGGCGCAGGCGUGGCUGCAGCAGCACGUGGUGCCGCACCUCCGCGCCGGGGCGCGCAUCACCUGCGUCACCGUCGGCAACGAGGUGUUCAAGGGCAACGACACCGCGCUCCAGUCCGCGGUCCUCCCCGCCAUGCAGUCCGUGCACAGGGCGCUGGGCGCGCUGGGGCUCCAGGGCCGCGUCAACGUCACCACGGCGCACUCGCUGGACAUCAUGGGCGUCUCCUUCCCGCCGUCCGCCGGCGCGUUCCACCCGGCGGCGAUGGCGCACCUGCAGCCGUUCCUCAGCUUCCUGUCCGCGACGAGGGCGCCGUUCCUCAUCAACUGCUACCCCUACUUCGCGUACAAGGACGACCCGGCGAGGGUGCCGCUGGACUACGUGCUGUUCCGCCCCAACGCCGCCGGCGUCGUCGAUGAGCGCACGGGGCUCCGCUACGACAACAUGCUGUACGCGCAGGUGGACGCCGUGUACGCGGCGAUCCAGGGGCUCGGGCACACGGACGUCGAGGUCAAGGUGUCGGAGACCGGGUGGCCGUCGCGGGGCGACGCCGACGAGCCAGGCGCCACGCCCGAGUACGCGGGGACAUACAUCCGGAACCUGCUGCAGCGGAUCGAGAUGAAGCAGGGCACGCCGCUGCGCCCGGCCACGCCCGUCGACGUCUACGUCUUCGCGCUCUUCAACGAGAACCUCAAGCCCGGACCGGCGUCGGAGAGGAACUACGGACUCUUCUACCCCGACGGCACGCCGGUGUACAACGUCGGCCUGAACGGCUACCUCCCGCCGACGAUGCUGGUGUCGUCGUCGUCGACUGCAGCAGCACGACAGGUGAUUCGUUUGUUUGCACUAGUCGCCAUCGCGUCCGUCGCAUUCGUCUUAUCCUGACAGCCUAAGCUACCGACGGAGCAGGAGCACUAACAACUGCAGCCAGGAAAUGGUAGCUAAGCAUCUCAUGCUGACAGGGUUUCCUGUCGCAACUCAAGGAACUUCCGAGUAAUUUGGCCAUCUCAACUUGGGAUUUCUGAUAGCGAUCAGAAGCUCUUACUGUACUCAUACUGACAAUAUACUAGGUUAGAACUAACUGAAGCAUAUGCAUCGUCGAUUCAUCAGAGCCUUUACUGAAAGGUACAAACAGUAGGAAUAUAUAGCUGCAUUGACUGCAACUAUUUAUUGGUGGGAUAAUUGAUAUCAAUACUAUGUAACUCUGUUCUUUUGACCUUGGUAGAUUUCCCUUGUUUCAUUCUCUGUGUAUGGAGUAUAGAAACUGGACAUGUUGAUACACAUUUUCUGUUUAAUGCAAGAAAUUGUUAUGUUCC